AAUACGCGCCGUGGUUCGCACGUAGACAUGUGUCACAGCAAAUCAUUUAUUCUACUCGUACUAUUUAUCAUACUCUUUUCUUCUUCUUCCUUUGAAAAGAAAACCGAUUCAAAUCAAAGAUCAGUCUCUACAGAAUCUGAUUCUCGCAAACGAUAGACAAAAAUUCUUCAACUACGGAAAUCUGAAAAUAAUUAAGCAAUCUCACAUCCCAAACAGCUCAAAUCGCAUCGGAAAUCAUCUAUUGAAUUUUUGAAGAAAUGGAGGGGACUGUGUUCACUCCUGCUUUGGAAGGAAUGAAGCAUGUGAAAUCUGAGAGUGGAGAGAUGCUGACUAAGCCUUUCUUGGAAGUCUGCAAGCAUAUAUUGCCUGUUAUAGAUAAGUUUGGAGCUGCUAUGGUCCUUGUUAAAUCUGAUAUUGGUGGAAACAUAACGAGAUUGGAAACUAAAUAUCUGUCCAAUCCAACAGAAUUCAACUACUUGUACAGUCUUGUACGUGUUGAGGUCGAAGCUAAAACAGCAAAAGGAUCAUCCAGUUGCACCAAUGGUCUUCUUUGGUUGACAAGGGCAAUGGAUUUCUUGGUGGAAUUGUUUCGCAAUUUACUGGAGCAUUCAGAUUGGAAAAUGUCACAGGCUUGUACAGAGGCCUAUGGCAAGACCCUUAAAAAAUGGCAUGGUUGGCUUGCUAGUUCAAGUUUCAGUGUUGCAAUGAAACUCGCUCCUGAUAGGGCAAAGUUCAUGGAGGUUGUAGGUGGUUCUGGUGAUGUCCUAUCUGACAUAGAGAAAUUCUGCACAAACUUUUCCCCUUUACUUGAAGAGAAUCACAAGUUCUUGGCUAGUGUUGGUUUGGAUGAUUUGAAGGCAUCAUGAUGAAAAUGGGUUUUAGAUGAUUUGCUCUGCAAUCAGUUACCUUUUUAGUUUUAGGUCAUGCGUUCGGUCCAAUCAUUUCAUAUGUCAUUAAUUGUUUGUGUUUACUAAAGUUUAGUAUUGUACUUUUUUGGUUAACAAAGCAAUCGAUUUCAGUGUUUUGGUUG